GGGAUUUUUUUAAAAUGUGGCCGCAAAAAUUAGUAUAGAGAAAGGAAGAACCGAGACUCGAAUCAACCCCUCACUUCUCCAUCGUCGCCGGAACCGUUUCUUCUUUUUUCCCGGUUCAAAUUUGAAAGAGCUUCCCAUUUUCGAUAAUGGAAAAAGGCGCUUCUUUCUUGUUCGCGGGCACUAAAUUCAACAAAAAAAAGUUCGCCAGCGAGAUUGCCCGGUUUAAGGAGAAAAAAGAUACUGAAAAUAAAGUGGAUUAUUUGAACAUGUUCGAGAGUGUAAAUCCCGAACCGGAGGAAGUUACCGUUUCUACCAAGAAAAGAAAGCGUAAACAAGCAGUUUCAGUGGAAGCGGUGGAGGGAUUUAAUGUCUUUACGAGUUCAAAAAAAGCAACCGUAGUGAACGAAGAGAAUAAGAAAGAUGAGGAAGAAGAUAAGCUUUCCAAAGAAAAGAAGAAAGCAAACCGAAAAAUGGAGGCGGAUUCGAUUCUGCGGAAAAAGUAUAAUAUUCAUGUCUCUGGGAAUAAUGUUGCAUCUCCACUGAAGAGUUUCGCGGAGUUAAGCUCAGUAUAUGGAUGUGAUUCUUAUUUGUUGCUCAAUUUUGCUGAACUUGGAUUUAAAGAGCCAACACCAAUUCAACGGCAGGCUAUUCCGGUUCUUCUAUCUGGACGGGAGUGCUUUGCUUGUGCUCCGACUGGAUCUGGAAAAACCUUGGCUUUUGUAUCUCCUAUGCUUAUGAAACUUAAGCAUGCAUCGACUGAUGGUGUCAGAGCUGUUAUAUUGUGUCCUACACGUGAGUUAGCUGCUCAGACAACCAGAGAAUGCAAAAAACUUGCAAAAGGAAAUAAAUUUCAUAUCAAGUUGUUGACUAAAAAGCUCAUAAGAAGUGCUGAUUUAUCAAAGCUGCCAUGUGAUAUACUUAUAUCCACGCCACUUCGCUUGAGUUCAGCUAUCAAGAAAAGAAAACUUGAUUUGAGCAGGGUUGAAUAUCUUGUCCUGGAUGAGUCUGACAAACUGUUUGAGCUUGGCUUGAUAAAGCAGAUCGAUUCUGUGGUCAAAGCAUGCUCUAAUCCUUCAAUUAUACGCUCAUUAUUUAGUGCUACUUUACCUGAUUCUGUUGAGGAGCUUGCACGCACCAUAAUGCAUGAUGCUGUUCGAGUUAUUAUUGGCAGAAAGAAUACUGCUUGUGAAUCUAUUAAUCAAAAGUUAGUUUUUGCUGGCAGUGAAGAAGGGAAACUCCUUGCACUUCGUCAAAGUUUUGCAGAGAGGCUGAAUCCACCAGUUUUAAUCUUUGUACAAAGCAAAGAACGGGCAAAGGAACUGUAUGAAGAGCUGAAAUUUGAUAAUAUUAGAGUUAGUGUUAUCCAUGCUGAUUUAUCCGAAGCACAGCGUGAAAAUGUUGUUGAUGACUUCCGAGCUGGCAAAACAUGGGUUUUGAUCGCCACUGAUGUCAUUGCCCGUGGUAUGGACUUCAAGGCUGUCAACUGUGUGAUUAAUUAUGAUUUUCCAGAUUCUGCAGCGGCAUACAUUCACCGAAUUGGACGGUCAGGCAGAGCAGGGAGGACUGGCGAAGCUAUUACUUUCUACACAGAAGAUGAUGUUCCAUAUUUGCGUAACAUAGCCAAUGUGAUGGCAGCGUCAGGCUGUGAGGUACCAUCCUGGAUCAUGAAUUUGCGUAAGCUAAGGUGGAAGAAGCAUCGACCAAAAAGAGAGUCAAUCUUAACUAAACCGAAUGAUGUGAAAGACUAAAAAAUUGCAAGGAGCUGAGUAUCGGCACCAGAAAUAGUUUUUUUUUUUUUUUUCUUUGGUAGAGUUCGUUAUUUUCAUAAUUUUCUUGUCUAAUUAGAUUUUUAUCCUUAAAACUCUUCAAAUUUUGAUGAAACAGGAAAUUGGUUGUUGUAGUUUUUGGCUCCAUUACUUGGUUCCAUGAAUGUAGCAUUGGUCUGUUCAGAAUUGGUAGUUAUCAAGGUGGAUAAAUCAGUCGGUUAAGAGUUUAUAUUUUUUCUAAUAUAUAUUUGAAGUUGUAGGAAUUGAUCUUUGAACAUAGGGUCCAACUUUGUUUUGACAUGUGGUGUUUAUUUCUUGGAGCUAUUUGGACAACUCUAAUUAUGGCUUCAAGGGCUUGACAUUAU